CCGAGGCAGCAGCUCCGGAGCGCUCUGGAGCCUCAGUGCUCCGGAUCCUCCUCAGCGCUCCGGCUGCUGUGGGAGGCAGCUGGCUGCUUCCAUCCAAGCAGUGAAGCUCAUGAAGAGAAAGCUCCUUGCCCCCUUCUCCUGCUGCCUGCGAAGGAAGGGCAUCAGCAGUGAUGCUGUUCAGUUCGGCUGUCAAUUGACGUCUCAAAACGGGGAGUAAGAGCCAGCCCUGCCAGCGAACCAUGUGAAUUCAAGAGCAGAGGAGAAGAAAGUGCACUUGGCGUGUCUGUUGCUGAAAAGACAAUAUCCUGACUCCAGCAGUAAGACGGCAAAUCUUUUCUGCACAAAUCCCACUACCUGGGAGGAGAUGUUCCUAGAUAAUUCACCAGCAAGCUCAUGGUCUGAACCAGCUGCUCAAGUGCCCAGUCCCAACACCCCUGCCUGCUCUGAAAGAAAGCUGACUUUUUGACUGUUCCUAAUGAGAAACUCAAAACUCCAGACUCUUUAAGCAAUUAUCAGUAGCCCUGGAUUAAGAGAGAAGAGAUCCCCAGCAGUCUGUCAAGGCAGAAACCAACCCUAUCCAGCUCAUACAGGGAUAAACCACCUGCUGUGGGAGAAGCUGCCAGAAAGCCGACUGUUUUGAAAAUAGCACUUGCAAAGACCAAAGCUGUGCAAACCUUUGCAGCUCAGUUUAAGAGAAAGACCAAAGCUCUUCACCUACCAAAGGAGGUGACCUACCAAAAGAAGGACCAAAGCAUUUUCUGGACAAAAUAAAAGCCAGAUGGCAGUGUAAAACACAAGUCUAAUGUUUGUUGUCAUUGUGAUAGCAACUUGCAAAAUGAUUUGCAAAGGCCUGUCUCAUGCAGUCUGCUGAACUGUGUGAACCAGCAGUCUUGAGACCGAGAGGAUGGAGGAUUUCUCACUGAAGCCAUCGUGCCUCCUGACCUCCUUUGUGAGUCUGGUAAGGGAAGACAGGAAAUCUGAAGGUAAAUAGGGAAAAUGGACCAAAGCUGACAGAGAGCAAUGACUGAGAUUUAUUUCAAAUUCCGUGGAAACCUGACUGGCCGUGUCCACUUUCCAACUCUGGCUACAGAAGUAGACACAACAGCAGAUAAAUACUCCAGCCUCUACGUGUACGUAGGAUUGUUCCUAACACUUCUGGCUUUCCUCCUCAUAUUGCUUUUCUCCAUGCUCUUGCGCCUGAAGCAUGUUAUUUCCCCGAUUACCACAUCUCCAGAGAGCACUGAGAACAUCCAGCAGUUCACAGAUGUGGAAAUGCACAGCAGGAUUCCUACCACUUAGAGACCCCAAAGCAAAGAGGGCUCUGUGCUUGUGAAACAGGUUUUGUUCAGCAAAAUGGUGGUGUAAAGAAUCUCUGUCUGUCUAUUGAGCCCUACAACUUACUGCACAACCAUUAACAGCAGCACAGAGCAUCUGGAGAGUGUCACACAACUCAGACUGACUGGAUGGGACCCACUGGCUGUUGACACUACAGGCAACGUGUGUGCAGCGCCCUCAAUAAAAUUUACAUUACAGAAACCUACUGCUACCAGGAAAGACUCAUAUCCCUCUAAAAGCCCUUGCAGGAAGGGUAAAAGCCACAAUAAUGACAGCCAAAACCCCAAAGAGACACAUACCAGAACGUGUCCUGAAGCCUGUAUUUGCUGACUUGACUCUCUGCCCUUAAAUUCCUUGCUUGUGAAAAGAGUUGAAUCAACCAAGUGGUGUAAGCGGGAAGAGCCCGCAGGGCACAUACAGAAAUUAUCAGUGGUUUGGAAAUUCUCAGGCAUUUCUCCUAUUCAAGAAGGAAAACCUUAAACUGCUUUUUUUUUUUUUUUUCCACUUGGAUGGCAGAUUUACACAAUGGAGUUUCAGAAGUAUACAAAUGCUUCAUCACCUGCUGGAACUAUUGGUUUCUGACAUUAAAAACCAUACAGUGAAUAGUUGCAUUCCGGAUAUCAGAAAGAGACAGAACUUUUAAAAGAGGAAAGAAAAUAACGAUAAAAAUGAACAAAGGCUUAAAAUAAAAAGAAAGCAUCAUCAGGAAAUGAGCAGCAGGAGAGAAAAAAUGUUAAAAGACACUCUACCUCUCUUCCUUUGUUCUUCAUUACAUUAACUGAGCUGAAUACAGAUAUGUUCAUGCCUUUCAGUAUCAGUAAUUAAAAUGCAGGGUAAAGUUUGUGAGUCAAAUGGACAUUGUUCUCCUAACAGACUCAAAUUCCUAACAUUUUCUCUCAUAUCCAUGUUGGGUUUUCUUUCUCAAAGGACAGAUCAGUUCUUCCAAAGCUUUUUCAUUUGUUUUCCUCCAAAGAAAGCUGAAGAAAUGCCAGUGCUUGGCACUGCAAUAAUGAAUAGUGUGAACAGCUUUGGACAUAGACUUGUAGGGAACAUGCAAAUGGAAAGUAAACUCACUGAGCACUAAAAGAUAGGACUGGAUUCAAAUAUCCUGGCAGAUCAUUUGGAACAGCGAGGAAAAAAAUGUUUACUUAGAUUUACGAAACAACAAUUUGAUCCAAUCCUCUUACCCGUGAAUGAUGUACAGAGAUACACUUUGCUUCUGUGGAUGGGAAAGAUGGAAUCAAGUAUGGCAUAGCACUUCUGGAAGAGCCACUGCUGCUUACAGAAAGAAUUUGAGCAAGAUUGUUUCAGCUGUAUCUCUAAAGGGCAUGAAUUUUAGCCAGCUUAUAUUCUUUAUUACUGUUUAAUUCUAGUUUAGUGAUAAAAUCCCCUGGUGCUUUCCACAAUUAUAUACACUUAUUUGACAAUUCUACUCUCUCCAAGGGCUUGGAAAGUGUAAACUCCCCAUACAAAACCAGUGCUAAAAUUAGAGAUGACACUGACUCCAUGGACUUGUAACACGAAACUGUUUCUCAAAAGCUUGGUGUACAACAGGUUCUGUAUUUACCUUUAAAGGUCUGCAUAUGGGUGAGUUGUUUGGACUAGGAAUAUGGCUUUUACAGCUGAUUGUGUGUGGAGGGGGGAGCAGAAUGACAAGUAAUGUCCAUACUGGAUACAGCUGGUCCAUGGGCAGGACUAUUGUUUUUCUCACUGAUGUAUUUAGUACAAAACUAUUUAAAAAUUGGUACCUUAUAUUGAAUGGCACCUUUCCUUUUAUACUCCAAUAACCCCCAUAUAAGCAGGUUUAAUCUGUGAAAUAGUGACUCUGUAAGGGAAUACAGCAAACAAUACACUCCCAGCAAUAUCUCCUCAUGCUGUGCUUGGGUGUGUUUACCUGGAAAAGAAGGCAGGAGGCAGGCUGCCCUCAAGCUUUCUGCCAUGAGGACAACACACAGAUACCACCAGGCAGGACGGUGGCUUCACACAGCAUUUAAAGAUUGGCUCCUCAAGGAGUGCAGUACUGCAUAAGAGUCUACAUUUGGUGUGAUGAUUUGAACAUUAAUCCAACUAAGACAGACAGGUACUGAGUUAGUCAAUGACAUUUGAAUUUACCAAAAGUCUAUGCAGAUCAAGUUGGUUUGGUAUGUGCCACUCAUUCAGCCAUCAUGAGGCAGACUAGCCCAGGCUCAACAUCUGGCUAGCCCUUAUAGAGCCUCUCAAUUUUCUUGAUGUGCCAUUCAAAAGCUACAACUUCCUUAGACCAUAAAUGUUCUAACACACUAAAUCAGCAACUAAACCACAUUAGCCCUCCAGCACAACUACCCAUGGAAAAGCCUUAUUUCCAAGAAGCUGCAGGACAGAUUCAAAUACUGACAUAAAAUAUCAGACCUACAAGUGGGAAAUUACAGUAUCAGAAUCUGAGUUGGGACCCAAAUUCUGAUUGCUUUGAUCUCAGCUGAAAAGCCCCCAGAGGUAGGUGUCAAGACCGGGUUUCUCUCCUCCAUACUAAAGAAUGUUAAUUCAGAAGAGUCUCACAACCCUUUAAAACUUAUUCAGUAAAUAUACUGUAAAUAAAAGAGCAAUCACUUUAUAUAUCGUUACAUUAUAUCACAUUAUAUCUUUGGACAGACUGUGUAUUUCUAGAUAAUACUGCUAAGGAAGGCAGCCCUACCUUCUAAUAGAAGAAUGACAAGUUUUACUUUCUAAAGCUUCAUUUCACACAAAGUAUCAGUCCCACUUGAUACAUCUACAGUCCCAGAGGCACUUAGAGUGCCUCAUUUGUCGGCACAAUGCCAACAGAUUUUAAAGCCUUUCCCACUGAGAAAUAGAAGAAUGCCUUUUCCCCAUUUUCAUUCCCAUUUGUAACAUUCAAGAUCUAAUGUCUCUGAGAAAAGAGAAUGCUGGGAUGCGUUGACCUGUGUUUACUGAGUGGGCUUUAGUGGACUUUGGCAUUCUUUGGCUAUAAGGAGUGGUUAUUGGAACUUCUGCAUGGAUUUGCUGGAUCUUGGAGAACUGCAGGUGUCACAUUCAUACCCUUCCCCUCCAGUAGUCUGUUUCCUCCCCACUUGUCCAUCAGGUACAGAAAAUUGGGGGCUUUUAAAAAAUAAAGAGACAUACUACUAUCAGCGGUGAGUCACUGACUGCUCUGUACUAUUUCCAUGUGUGGAUCUGAGAGACCAGCCCAUAUGCAGAAAUAGGCUCAAAUGGUGCCACUCCUUUCAAAUUAAUUGUUGGCCUCAGGGGACAUCUGUGUAAGCAGACCCCCUACCAGUCUGUGUAAGUAUUACUUGAACCAGGACAGUUUGCUCCCAUCUUUACUACCAUCUUAGACAUUGGAAACAAAUAUAUCUAUUUAGUAAAUUCAUCAUCUCCUCCAUUCCCUACCUGUGGGGGAAGACAGCCACCGGUUGUUCUGAAGGAGCAGCAAAGCAAUUAUGCAUUGCCCUUCUUUGUGGGUGGGACUGUGAGGUCAGAUCAAGCCUACAGUCAUCAGAAAAUCACCACCACUCCCAAAUCUCCCAGGGUAUUUAGUCUAGGAGGUGUCAGGACCCGAGUAUAGUAUAACUCCCUAAACGAUAUAUAUUCUACAGGAUUUAUGCCUGGGUAAUCUUAUCCACGUGAUUUCCAUUCACGUCCAUGAAUUUUCUGCAUUAGCAUACCCUUAAGUACUGAGAAAGGGUUGGAAUGUGGAAUAUGUUCCUUCUCUGUGUCAGAAUAUAUAAACAUAUAUAUUCAUAUCCUCACAGGGAUGCAGAGAAGAACAUAAUUCUGCAAACAGAAAACUCAGCAGAGGAUCAACCCUGAGGUCCCUGAAGGACUUUUUUUUGUUUUACUUGAAAUAAAAAAUGUUUGAAACCCCAAAA